AUGCCCCCCGGCGCAGCGGCCAAGCCGCGGCGCCCCGGUGCCCACCGACGCCCCAAGGCAGCAGCAGCAGCAGCAGCAGCAGCAGCGGGGGCCCCCGGGGGGCCCCCCCUGCUUCUCGAAGGAGAGCGAGACGUGAGCCCUUUGACGGCAGAAGGUGUGGGGCAGCAGCAGCAGCAGCAGCAGCUGUUCGCUGCACAUGCAGGCAGCGAGGUUGAAGCAGCAGCAGAUGCAGCACAGCAGCAUUCAGGUGUACAUACACCUGAGUUCGCAGACACGCCCAGACGGAGCCUGUCGACAGACGACAGCAGCACGAACCAAAACGUAGUUGCUGCUGCUGCUGCAGCAGCAGCAGCAGCAGAGAUUCCCGCAAGCGACGAAGCAGCAAAAGCAGCAGCAGCAGAGGAAGACUCUGUGUGCGUUAGUUUGAUAUCAGCAGGUGUACAUACACCGCAGCUGCCUGCUGCUGAUGACAGCAGCAGCUGCCACGAGACUGUUAUACCGGUGACUCCCCACCUUAGCAGCAGCAGCUGCAGCAGCAGCAGCUGCAGCAGCAGCAACAGCAGCAGCAGCAGCAGCUGCGGCAGCAGGAAGAAUAGACCUACCAGUGACAGCGUCGCAAUAGCCGCCCCAACGGCCGCCAACACCCCCAGCAGCAGCAGCAGCAGCAGCAGCAGCAGCAGCAGCAAGGGUUCUGACUUGGACUCUGCGUCUUAUGUGUUGUUUCUAAUUGUGUCUGUGCUGCUGACGUGGGGCCAGGAGCCGCUGCUGUCGCUGCUUGCUGCAGCAGCAGCAGCAAGAGCUGGCCCUCUUGCUGUUGUUGCAGUGGGAGCAGCAGGACAAAUGGCUGAUGGUUUGUGUUUGCUGCUGGCAGCUUUUGGGGUUUCUCUGGGCUCGCUCUGCAGCAGACACAAAGCAGCAGCAGCAGCAGCAGCAGCAGCGGAGGACGAUGGCUCGAAGCAGCAAACUCGCGAGGCAGCAAACAGCAGCAGCAGCAGCAGCAGCAGCAGCAGCAGCAGCGAACAAAAGGAAACAGCAGCUUUCCGCGUUGCAGCAGUGGGCGUCUGGCUAGCCAGCUGCGUGGGGGUGGCUUUGGCGUUUUUGCUCUACGCGGGCAGCAGCUGCAUCUUGUCUUUCUUUUUGAGCAUAAAGGGCGCAGCAGCAGCAGCAGCAGCAGCAGCGCCAGCAGCAGCAGCAGACCCGUUGUCGGCAGUUGCCGCCGCCGCAGCAGCAGCAGCAGCAGAGCAGCAGCAGCAGCAGCAGCAGACGCUGUCGCUUGCUGCUGAGUUCGUGCAGCUGCGGUGCUUUUCGCUGCCAUUUUGUAUUAUCAGUUUGGCAUUAAAAGGAGCUUUUGUUGCACUUGGGGAUUUGUGGCCGCAGCUGCUUACAGUAGCAGCAGCAGCAGCAGCAGCUCCUGCGUUGUUUCUGUUUGCUUCCAGAGCCGCAGCAGCAGCUGCUGCUGCGGCAGCAGCGGCGUCAGCAGCAGAGGCGCAGCAGCAGCAGGAAGCAGCAACGCGCGCUUUCGUCAGAGCUGCUGCUGGCACUGUAGUUGCUGUUCAAGUUGCAGUGGCGCUGCUGCUGCUGCUGCGGCUGGGGCUGCUUGCUGCUGCUGCUGCUGCGCGCCGCGAGCGCAGCAGCACCCCUCCCCUCGCGCAGCAGCAACAGCAGCAGCUGCAGCAGCAGCAGCAGCAGCAGAAAGGGCUGCUGCUGCAGCAAAUCCAAGCAACUCUGUCCCUUUAUAGGCCUCCAACGUUGAAAGAAAUUGCUGCUUUUGGUCCUUUUAUGCUGCCGGUGAUGACGCAGUGCUGCGUGAGACUGGUGCUGUAUUCCUCCAUGACGAAGGCAGCUUCCCUCUGGGGCCCCAAGGGAAUGGCGGCGCACCAGGCAAGAAGUGGAAAGGCGAAAUAA